AUAAUAUAAUUCAAGGCUUGUAUUUUUUUUUUUUUUUUUCAGAACUUAGAAUUUGGGUUCUUGAGAUAUCUAAUGAUUGGGAAGCGCCAUUUUGUUUUGAGUUAUGUCAGUAAAAUGGGCAAAACCACCAUACCACAUUCAAGAAUGGAUGGCAAAACUCACUUUUCCACAACUUUGCUUUUCUUCAUCAUUUUUUUUUGGUUUCCCGCCCGGUAUCCGGGGCUUCGCCCCGACUAAUCCGGACCCGACCCGCGUCGCGCACCUGGAAAUGAUGGGUGAGUCUCCCAGCGGGGGCUGCUGCAUACACAAGGACUCGAACUCGAGACCUUACUUAAGCUGGAACAAGCCGCUUACCACUUGAUCCAACCCCUCGUUGGUUGCUUUUCUUCAUCAUGCUUUCAAGGACUCUUAGGGCUGAAGUGAUCUGCGUCAUCUCAUUUGUUUCUUUGUUUUGGUCCCUAGUAAUAUGCCUCAAGAUUAUAUUAUUAAACUCCUCUAGAAGCUGCAGUGCCAAAGCAAAAUAUGGUGCUAAAUAAAGACGGAUACAUUUG